ACCGACCGGACGACAAUUUUGCGAAGAGUCAGACGCCAUGGGUCGCGUGAUCCGCAAUCAGAGAAAGGGUCGUGGAUCCAUCUUCACGGCCCACACCCGUCUCAAUAAGGCACCAGCUCAGUUCAGAACCCUCGACUAUGCCGAGAGACACGGAUACAUUCGCGGAGUGGUGAAGAAGAUCAUUCACGACCCUGGCCGAGGCGCUCCCCUCGCUCAAGUUUCCUUCCGCCACCCGUACAAGUUCAAGGAUAUCACCGAGACGUUUAUUGCCAACGAGGGCAUGUACACCGGCCAGUUCAUCUACGCUGGAAAGAACGCUGCUUUGACUGUCGGAAACGUCCUUCCUUUGGGCUCCGUCCCCGAAGGUACCGUUGUCACCAACGUCGAGGAGAAGGUUGGAGACAGAGGUGCACUUGGCCGAACAUCCGGAAACUACGUCACGGUCAUCGGCCACAACCCCGAGGAGGGCAAGACUCGCAUCAAGCUCCCCUCUGGUGCUAAGAAGGUCGUGAAGAGCCGUUCCCGAGGAAUGGUUGGUAUUGUUGCCGGUGGUGGACGUACAGACAAGCCACUGUUGAAGGCUUCCCGAGCCAAGCACAAGUUCGCUGUCAAGCGCAACUCCUGGCCCAAGACUCGUGGUGUUGCCAUGAACCCUGUCGACCAUCCUCACGGUGGUGGUAACCAUCAACACAUUGGUAAAGCCUCCACCAUUUCCAGAUACGCUGCACAAGGUCAAAAGGCCGGUCUCAUUGCUGCCCGGAGAACCGGUUUGCUUCGUGGUACUCAAAAGACAAAGGAGUAAACUUAAUUGGAUGGCGUAUUUCAUUCGGUUCAAUUAUGAUAGGAUGCGCGGGAAUGCUUUUCUUUUUUUCCAAUGGCAUACAUGUGUAUUUGAUGGGUAGCUGCCAUAGUGCAGGAAAUGAGCAAAUCCAUCAUGUGGCCGAACCAGUAGAAAUUUAUUAUGAUUUCGCAAUG